CACGAACUCAUAACAACAAGACAAGUACAACUUUGUUAAUCAACGUCAUGGCUUUCUCAAAAACACAGGGAAAGAAACAAGAAACUGGAACAGGCUCACAUCUCAAGCAACAAAGAGGAAAUAACAACAACACCAAUAAUAAUAAUGUAAAGAAAUGGCCAGCAAAUAACCCAUCACAACGUAAUAAUAAUUAUAACGCGCAUUCCAAUCCAAGUGAGGCUAUUGUAGAAGAUCAAGCUUCAGCAAAAGAAAUGCACGACAGAAUGCUCUUCUUGCUUGGAAACAUGAUAGGUGCCAUUGUUGAAGCUACCGUCAAGAAUGGUUGUAAGUUUAGAGGAAUAUUUCACGGUGCUUCUACGGAGGGUGAUCUGGCAAUUGCUUUGAGUCUAGCUCAGAAAAUAUUCGAUCCUCUAGCUCCUAUUGACAAAGACAAGACCAAUCCAAACCCAAUCAUAAACACUUUGCUCAUCUACUCAAAGGAUUUGGUGGAAAUUACAGUCGCUUCUGUUGACUUGACCGAUGCUGCCUCGGAGCGUAACACAUUCAAGACAGACGCGGAUAUUACAGGAAAGUUGGAAAUAAAAGAAAGAGAAUUACACAAGUGGGCGCCAACCGAUGAAGAUAAUGCCUUGGGUCUUUUGGAUGGUGAUCUGGAAUCCUCUGGAGAAACCACUUGGGAUCAAUUUGCUGUUAAUGAAAAGUUGUUUGGAUUGAAGACAGAUUUUGAUGAAGAAAUAUAUACAACUCCUUUAAAUAGAUCAGCUCCUGGAUUUAAGGAUCGUGAAAAGAAGGCUAUACAGGUAGCUAAUGAAAUUCAAAAGUCUGCAGCGACCAAUGUGCACAUAUUGGAAGAACGUGGUAUUUCAAUUGAUGAUAGUGGUUUAGAUGAAGAGGAUUUGUACGGUGCUGUUGUCAGAGAUGGUAACAAGUACAUACCUCCAGCUCUUCGUAAACAAUCCCAACAGAGCCAAGAACAGAAUGUUCAGCAAGCCAAAAAGGAAACAAGGAGUAAUAACAAAUCGAUCAAUAAGAUCAUCACCUCAGAUCUUCCAAAGUCUACUGGAUCAAACCCUUCACCUAUCGCCAGCUUACCUACUACGCGCAGAGAAUCUAACGAAAAAGGGCAAGAAAAGACAAAAGACAACGAACCACCAAAGCGAAUUGAAUCAGAAAUAGCCAGCACAUUCAAGCAUUUUGCUAUGAUGGAAAAAGACAAGCUCAAUGCAAAGAAGCAAGCGUUGCAAAAGAAAGAAAAGGACGGAAGAUUGGCUGAGCUGAAGAUGUUCCAUCAAACCUUCAAGCUGAAUGUCCCGGUUCCUGCAGAUCUAGUCCCGCUACUAUCUAAAGGAAAGAAAUCUUCUCCUGCUAUGAGUACAUCCUCAGUGGGAUCUGUGUCUCCUGACGAGAAAAAGAAAAAACCAGAACUAUCAACGCCCCCUAGCGCCACCACUCCAACACCAACCCAAGCAACUACAGAACCGGUAAAGAAAAGCUCCCCUGUACAAGCCAAAUCGCCUUUGCCUUCUCAAGCAGCAAGCGCUACAUCUGCUGCAGAUGCUACCACUAAUGCAAACAAAGCAAAUACGCCCACCCCAUCUCAGAACACGACAAAUACUGGUUCAACAACAGGAUCUACAUUCAAGCUAAACGCAAAGGCAUCUUCGUUCAAACCUAAUCCAUCUGCUGCUGCAUUUAUCCCAGGCGGUUUAACUACAUCCGUGCAACAAGAUGAUCCACACUCAUUUUUUGGAAACAAGCAUCCAAAGAAAAAUUUAGGCAAUGACAAAAUAACGAUGAAAGAAGCCUUCAAACCGCCUUUCUUGAAAAAGAGCGUUAGUGCCAAUUCUAUUGGACCCACAUGGCCUUUUGGCAGUAAAUCAUAUCGGGUUCAAUUCAGCCAAUUCAAUAUGUAUGAUGAAGAUGUAUUUGGCAGUUAUCCGUCUCCAGGCUACGGUUAUGCUUACCCUCAAUAUCGGUACCCUCAGUAUGUCUCUGGCGUGCCUCAGAUGGCUGUACAACAAGGUGUGCCUUAUAUGAGUCCUCAGUUUGUUUCUAAUGUACCCAUAUCCGCACCAAUGCCACCUAAUGCAGUGCCUCCUACUGCUGCCUAUAGUCCACAAAUGGCUAACGUAUCACCUCAUGGAUCACCAUUCCCUCAAGGAUUCCCUUCACCACAGAGGUCGCCCAUGGUCCCUCAAGGCAUGCCUCCACAAGUAUAUCAAUAUCAAGGAGCGCCCAUGAUGAUGCGCUAUCCACCUGAAAUGAUGAUGAAUAAUGCGGGUGGACCACCCAUGAUGAUGCAAAGGCCUGUGAUGAUGGAGCCAAUGCAAUAUUCACCUCAUCAACAAUCAGAAGCAUCAGCUAAUGACUCAGGAGCUGAAACACCUCCAACAAACUAGCAUCUCAUCAUAGUACAUAGUUCAUUGACUCUUUUUUUUCCUUCUUUUGUACAGCGCCAAUAAAAUGGGUAAUUAUGUAAUGUUGAGAAAGAAAAAUAAUAUCAAACCUUUCUUCUGCUCUUAUAUCAAGUGUAUACAAGAAGGCUAUGGUUGAUUCAUUUUGUACCUUCGAGCUAUAUUGGACACAAUCACCCUGAAUUAUAUUUGUUGCAAAGCAUGAUUAUUCAGCUGCUUGUCAGUAAAAGUAGUAAAUACGACCACUAUUGCUACAUAAUACUAUGUCAGACCUAGAUAAUGAUAGCUUGCUUUACAAUCCCCAAGGUCGAUUGCAAGGGAUUUACGCUUUUUAGGAAUUAUUGAAGCUGUGUU